AUGGCUAGUCCAACUCCUAUGGAUGAAGCUGCCGCACUGGAGGCACUGUCUGACGUCCUGAACCGACUGACCGACAGUCCCUACGACAUAUCUCUCCAUGCCGAGAAUGUGCGCAUUGCCUAUGCAACAGGCAUGGACGACCAGAUUGAAUCUGCGCUGGAGAUGGUGACUGCAUUUUGGGCAGCGGGAGACCAGAUCUGGAUGCCUCUCAUCGAGCGUAAGCAGCAGUCUGAAGACAUGGAGUCGGCAGAGGGCUUGCGAGCCUUGUUGGAUCUUUUUGGGCGAGCGGAGCAGGAUUAUCUAUCGAUACCGCUUCUUACCAAGCAUCUGGAGUUUCUCGUGGAACGUUACGAACACUUCGCAAGUACUGAGUCUAGGCCAGAGGACCUGGGAGACCUUUUUUCGACAGAGUGGACCCGGGAAGCUAUUGCUUGGGUUGUGGCGCAGGGAGCAGGACAUCUAACGCAGAGUCACUUGUUGUGGGAUAUCCAAAGAGACUGGGAAAUGGAAGUUUUGGCGAAUGCACCGGACGCUGAGAAGACACCACUGGUUACUCGUGUUGAAACUGUGUUCCUGGAGCGCUUGAAGCAGCCGCAUUCAAAUCAUGCGGACACUCUCCAAGCUUACUCAACAUUUACUACUAAUUACAAGCCACCAGAUCAAUACGAGUCGCUUCUCGUCAGGGCCUCUAAAUUGCGUUCUCAAGCUGUGAAGGCCUAUGAAAAGAGAGAGGAUUUUGAGAAGUCCCUCGCUCAAGCAAGUUUCUCGCUGGAGGCGUAUGCCUACUACCUCUCCAUUGAGCGGCGCAAGAAGCCCGAUCUUUUCAUUCUCAGAACGCUUUAUGAACGGGCAAUAACGGAAGGAGAUAAACGGCGAUUCAACGGGGAAUCAGAUGCGGAGGAUGCGUUGCGCUCAUUCUGGUCAGGAUAUAUCGACUUCCUGAGGACACAGGACGUUGACGACGAAGUCCAAUUGACCGUGUUGAAAAGAGCUAUGAGGAGUGUGCCAGCUUCAGGGGAAGUCUGUGCACGAUAUCUGCGCUUUCUGGAACGAGCUGCAGAUGUGAACGACGCUCAAAUAGAGAUUGCUGCUGCGUAUGACAAGACUCGAUCAAUAGCACCGUUGCAAUACGACGUUGAGCAACUCGUACCUGUGAUUGUCGCUCGCGCCGGGUACGAGAAGCGACGCCUGGGAGGUUCUGAUGAAGAUGAGAAAACCUACGAUAGUUUUGUAGAACUUGUCUUGGAUGGUAUCAACAGAGUUCGCAAAGCAUCAACCGCCGGUGAUCCUAGGCUCAGGCUCGAGAAAUAUUUCUCCGCAGUGUGUCUGGAUUUCGCCGACCUUUCCGAGCACGCAGUGGUCAUGUGGGAGGACGCGGCCAAACACUACAAGACUAGUUAUAUUGCCUGGACGGCUUACACCGACGUGCUCAUCAAGCAGAAGCUCUACGACGACGCCCGCAAGGUAUUCCGAGAUAUCUCGAUGAAAAACCUGGAUUGGCCGGAGGCAAUGUGGGAAGCGUGGCUGAAUUUCGAGCAGCUAUGCGGUUCUGUCGAGGAUAUCGAGGAUUGUAUCGACCGGAUUGACCGUGCACAGGUUCAGGUGAAUGCGCGGCGCGCCAAGGAAGCGGAGAAAGCUGGUUAUGCCGCGAUGCAGGUUGUAGCGGAACAACAGGCUACUGCAGCGCCCGUUGCAGAUAUUCCAGUCCCUAGCCAAGCACAAGCUCCUGUUGAGUCUUCUCCUAUGGACGUUGAUGCCGCUGGGCCAAGCGAGAGUCCAUCAAAGAAGCGGAAAGCUGAAGACGACGUCGUUCCGGAAGAAACCAAGAAGGCAAGGAUGGAACAAAAGCCUAUGCAGCUCAAACGCGAUCGGGAGAAUUGUACGGUAUUCGUCGCCGAUCUUGCGGCGGGCGUGCAGGAGGAAGAGCUAGCCGGCCUUUUCAAAGAUUGCGGCGUCAUACGAGAGAUCAAAGUCACUCAACUACUGAAUUCAUUCGUUGCCACAGUUGAAUUCAAUGAGCGGGAUAGUGUGCCUGCUGCGCUCACCAAGGACAAGAAGCGUCUGCGUGGGGAAGAGGUUGCAGUGCAUCUUGCGUGGCAGUCAACCUUGUAUGUCACCAAUUUCCCGGAGAAGGCGGACGAUGCCUUCGUCAGGGAUCUCUUCUCCAAGUAUGGUACCAUAUUCGAUGUCCGAUGGCCCAGCAAGAAGUUCAAGAGCACAAGACGUUUCUGUUAUGUUCAAUACACUGCCCCAUCGGCAGCUCAGGCAGCAUUGGAGUUGCACAGACAUGAGCUUGAACCCGGGCUACUCUUGACAGUACUCAUCUCUAACCCAGAGCGGAAGAAGGAACGCACAGACAGCGAUGCAAACGACAAGGAGAUUUAUGUCGCUGGUCUUAGCAGAUUCGCCACCAAGGAAGAUCUUGAUAAUUUAUUUAAGACUUACGGAGCAGUGAAGGAAAUACGCAUGGCUCUAACUGAAGACGGGCACUCGAAGGGCUUUGCGUUCAUUGAGUUUGAGCAAGAGAAAGACGCUUUGGCAGCGUUGAGCGCAAACAAUCACGAGUUGAAGAAGCGGCGCAUGGCUGUUACCCUUGCAGACACCCGUUUUCGCACAAAGCAACGCGAUGCUGGCCAUGGAGCCGAUGUCCGCAAUCGUUCGUUGCGUAUCCGCAAUCUGCCUGCGGGUGCUCAGGAAGGGCUGCUGCAACAAGCACUUGAGAAGCAUGCUCCGAUCAAGAGGGUGGAAGUUUUCACGGACAGAAAUGAGGCUGACGUCGAGCUCAAAAAUGCCGCGGACGCGGGCAAGCUUCUUCUACUUCCUGAACCUAUCGUGUUCGAUGGUAAUGCUUUGGAGCUACUCCCGGAAGACGCCGGUGGUCCGUCUGGCUCUCGUCCAGUAGGGCCUCUUGCAACAGGUGGUGCAAUAUUUAUUCCGCGAACUGCGGUCUCGAGACCAAGAGCAGGGUUGGGCAGCAAAAAACGCACGGGUACUAUUACUGCACGAAGUAAUGCUACGCCGUCGUCCUCCCAGCCUUCCGAGCCGUCGCAAGGUAAGGGGCAGGAUGAUUUCAGGAAAAUGCUUAGUGGUGGGAAGUGA